UAAUUUGCACUUAAAGUGAAAUGGUAUAUGUUUGAUUUUUAAAUUGUAAAAGUGAGAAAGAAAGUUCUAGUGUAAUCAAAUGAAUUAAUAGUAAACAUAUAUUAUAUAUCUUAUAUAUUUCUAUAGUUAAAGGUAUAUAAUACAUGUCGCGUCUAUGUACCAUCUCUUGCCGUUCAAAUGUAAAUCAACUUGGAGUCGAUACUUAUCCACGUGUAUACUUCAUUGUAUAUUUAACAGCAUAUUCUCGCGAUAAAUAUUCGUGCGCUCUGAGGCCACCUAAGAUCGGUACAUUUGUGAACAAUAAGUGAGAGAGAGACGAGCUUCAAAACCGAGCGCAGUGAAACGAAUAAGCUACGAUUUACAUUGAAAUAUACGAAUACGAAUUCGAUCGUUAAUUGCAGCGGUGAUUACCUGAUGGUGUAUCGAACAGCCAGAUAUAGUUUCUUGUCAUCUCACUAUAAGAAAUAUUCAAAGAAGAAAUCAUCCCAAGGAUAAUUAUUUCAAAGAACAUAAUGAAAAAGACGUCAAUUUUUCUUGUUCUGAUCGCCAUCAUAAUCGGCCUGUUCCAAUUGUACCUACCAAAUAAGUACAGCAAUCUUUAUGGCAACGAUACAAGAGGAUCUAGAUUAAUGAAUGUGCUAAGGCUGGGUAGAGGAAUCCUGGACUUCUGGAAACAGAGUCAACGUUACAUAACCGAACAAGUACCGGACGUAACACCGAAAUUCGGAGAAACGUUUGAUUUUAUAGUGAUUGGAGCUGGUGUAGCCGGCGCGACUAUAGCCGCGAGAUUGAGCGAGAUUCCUCAGGUUAAAGUGCUACUGAUCGAAGAUGGAACUCACGAAAGCUUAUACAUGGAUAUCCCGAUAAUUAGUGGUUUACUGCAACUGACUAACAUCAAUCGAAAAUAUCGAACCAAGCCAUCCAAUAAAUACUGUCUAGGCAUGGAAGACAAUAGUUGCGCUUACGCAACAGGAAAAAUAGCUGGCGGAGGUAGCGUACUGAAUUAUAUGAUCGCUACCAGGGGAGGCGCUGAAAAUUACGAUCGCUGGGCCAAGAUGGGAAACGAGGGCUGGGCAUAUAAAAACAUUCUGAAGUAUUUUAAAAAGUUGGAAACAAUAGAUAUCCCAGAAUUAAAAUCGGAUAUUGCCUAUCAUGGUACUGAUGGACCAGUACAUAUCACCCAACCAGUAUUUCACACGCGGAUGGCAGAAGCAUUUAUGGAAGCUGGUAAGGAGAUGGGAUAUCCAUUAAUAGAUUACAAUGGGAAGAACGAAAUAGGAUUCUCAUAUCUGCAGGCCACAAUCGCAAACGGCACUCGCAUGAGCAGCAACAGGGCGUAUCUGAAUCCUGUGCGUGAUCGCAAAAAUCUUCGCGUAACUUUAGAGAGCAGGGUGACAAAAAUGCUGAUAGAUUCUAGUACAAAACGAACAAUCGGUGCAGAGUUCGUCAAAUAUGAUCAAACUAUACGUGUGUUUGCGAACAAAGAAGUGAUUCUGUGUGCAGGUGCCAUUGGAUCACCUCAACUGUUAAUGUUAUCCGGCAUCGGACCAGUGAAACAUCUUACCAAAUUAGGAAUAGACGUCGUUCAAGAUGCGCCAGUCGGCGAAAAUCUUAUGGACCACCCAACCUUCUAUGGAUUAACGUGGACAAUAAACACAUCAAUAAGUUUACAAUUAGUCGAACAAAUGAACCCUAUUAAUCCAUAUAUAACGGAUUUUUUAUUAGAGCGAACGGGACCGCUGACAAUUCCAGGGGGUAUUGAGGCCCUCGGUUUUAUGAAUACAAAAUAUCCAGAAAAGCAUAACGGUCUACCGGACAUUGAAUUACUGUUAGGUGGUGGUACAUUUAAAGAAGAUGUUUUUCCGAAUAUAUUAAUGCUAAAAAAUUCUAUACGUCAGGAAUGGAGCAAAUACGAUGGCACAAAUGGAUACUGCAUCGGAGUAGUAUUGUCAAAACCAAAAAGUCGUGGUCGAAUAACGUUAUUGGCCAAUGACGUUAAUGCUAAACCAGAGAUUGUGCUGAAUUAUUUCGACGAUUCAGACGAUAUGAAAACGAUGAUUGCUGGCAUUAGAACUGCGAUACGUCUUGGUCAGACAAGACCGAUGCAGGCACUUGAUUCUCAGUUGUUAAACAUUACUUAUACUGAAUGCAACAAUCACGAAUAUGAUUCGGAUGCUUAUUGGGAAUGUGCGAUAAGAACAAUGACUUCCACAAUUUAUCAUUUUUCUGGAACUUGCAAAAUGGGAGCGAAGGGAGAUCCAACCGCUGUAGUCGAUCCUAAAUUAAAGGUGAUCGGUAUUCAAGGAUUACGUGUAGUAGAUGCAUCCAUCAUGCCAGAAAUUACAUCAGGGCACAUAAGUAUACCUAUUUAUAUGAUCGCCGAGAAAGCGGCGGAUAUGAUCAAGAAAGAAUGGGGUUACAUGAAAAAGUAACGAGAAGAUUACUUUUCAUAAAGUAAUAAUACUAUUUUGUUACUUUAUUUACUUUUCGCUUACUUUAUUCAUUUUUGUAACGAGUU